AUGGUGUUCAUCAAGCUUACCCCCGCUAUUCUCCUGGCCUUCCUGGCUGGUGCCAAUGCCAAAGACAUCUUUGUGUCUCCAAAAGGAACUGGCUCAGGAACCCUUGCAUCACCAUACGGAUCGAUCCAGUCUGCCAUUGAUGCUGCCAAAGCUGGUGAUAUCAUUUACCUUCGCCAAGGCACCUAUGCGCCGUCUAAGAACAUCCAAGUCAAGACGAGUGGUGCCAAGGGUAGCCCUAUCGUCGUGAAGCCUUACCAGAAUGAGAAGGUUAUCGUUGAUGGAGAGAACAUGCCUGGCACACCAAAGGCUGUUGGCGAGUCGCUCCCAAAUGCUGAGCGUGGUGUCUUCCACAUUCAGAACGCUGAGUGGUGGUCUUUCUAUAACCUAGAAAUCAUCAACGGCCCUUACGGUAUAUACGCACGUGAUGCUUCAAACAACUACUAUGAAGGUCUCUCCACCCAUGACAACUACGAGACUGGCUUCCAGCUCGAAGGUGCGUCAUCCAACAACCAGGUCAUCAACCUAGACUCCUACCGUAACCGUGAUCCACGAAAGAAUGGUGAGAGCGCCGAUGGCUUCGCCUGCAAGGAGGGCAAGGGCGAGGGCAAUGUUCUUCGAAAUGCGCGUCUCUGGGACAACGUUGAUGACGGUUUGGAUCUGUACAUGUUCGGCUCUGCCGUCACUUUGGACGAAGUCUACGCUUGGGGCAACGGCUUCAACCGCUGGGACUUUAGCAGUUUCGAGGGUGAUGGAAAUGGCUUCAAGCUGGGUAUUACAAACAACCCUCCUGCCAACCACAUCGUCAAGAACUGUAUGGCUUUCCAGAAUGCCCAGAAGGGAUUCAUCGACAAUGGAAACCCAGGUUCCUUGACCUUUGAUCGCAACACUGCAUGGAAGAAUGGCAAUCUGGGCUUCCAUCUCCGCAGCUCGUCAUCUAAGGUAACCAAGAAUGUCGCCUCUAACAACACCGGCAAGCAGGUUGAUCUUAACAGCAAGGUCUCUGCAUCAGGAAACUCGUGGGAUUCGAGUGAUACUUGGAACGAUGCUGCUUUCAAGAGCACGGACGCUUCUACGCUGAAGGGCGCUCGUGGGUCGGAUGGACGUGUGAAGGCCAGUGAUUUCCUGGUUCCUGCUUCUGGUGCUGCUAUUGGUGCUACCACCAAGGCAAAGGUCCAAAAGCUUCGAAGGUUCGCGUACUAA